CAUCUAAAGAAAAUGGGGAACUACUUUGGAAGUCAAAUCGAGACAAAUCCCGUAGAUGUACGAAACAAAGAAAUUAUAGAAGCUAGGGAACGUUAUCUCCAGGAACAGUUUGAGAAAAAUGAGGAAAAGGCGGAAAAUGAUGAUGAUUCUACCGAUUCUACCAGAGAGCCAGCCAUAUCCAAUUUCGAUCGAAAUACGGACAGAAAGCCAUCCGUUCUAUGUGGAAUAGAAUUGAAAGUCAUGAGUAUUGAUCCGAAAGACCAUAGCUACCCAUUCGAGAACCUUGUCUUUGAAGGAGGUGGUAGCAAGGGUCAUGCGUACGCGGGAGCUAUUAAGGCUUUGGAAGAACUUGGACUUAUCAAACAGAUCAAACGGUAUGCCGGAGCAAGUGCAGGCGCAAUGACAGCUGCCCUUUUGGCCGUGGGAUACAAUUCAAAAGAUCUCCAAGACUUCUUAACUCAAGACCUGUCUCUAAUUCUGUUAGAUUCCAGGUUUGGAAGACUCAGUUAUCUGCCAAAUCUUCUGUUGGGAUACGGCUGUAAUCCUGCUAAAAAAUUCUACAAGUGGUUCGGAGAUCUGUUGGAAAAAAAGAUGGGAAACAUAGACGUUACCUUUGAAGAGCAUUUCAAAAAGACUGGAAUAGAGUUGUGUGUUAUCGUGACUAAUGUAAACCGUAUGAAAGAAGAAUAUUGUCACGUGAAGACUACACCUGAUAUGCCAAUAAGAUUAGCCGUACGGAUGUCUAUGUCAUUGCCAGGACUUUUCCAAGCAACAAAUUACAAAUCGUACGGAGAAACAAACUUGUAUGUUGAUGGGGGAGUCAUUUGUAACUAUCCAAUUCACUGCUUUGACGGAUGGUGGCUCUCAAUGGAUUCAAAAGAUAGUUUUUUAGAAAAACUUCAGCCAUUACAUGAUCUUCCGAACGUGCUAGACAAGCGACACAGAUUUGCUCGGGACUAUAAAGAUCCAGAAAAAACGUUAGGCUUUAUACUGUACGCUGACGCUGAAACUGACUUGUUCCGAUACAUCUGUGAGCAACGAUUAGGAGUUGAGCUUGAUCCAACCCCCAAUACUAAACUAGGAAGAGAAAAAAUGAAACUACAAAGAGACCAAGAAAUAGCUAAGCGAGAACACAGACGAGUUAUUAUGGCAGUUGCGGAAUUUAUGAAAGUUUUGAGGAAACACGAGCUACAUAAAAACCAUACAAUAAGUCGGAAGGUAUUAAAGGAAGCAUUCGAAUGUGAGGAAUUUUCUACAAAGAGCAGUGAAUUGCUUUUUGGAAAAGACUGUACAGUGGACGAUGCCUUUAAAAUUUUGGACAGCAAUAAAAAUGGCGAGAUAAACUUCCAGGAGUUAAUAAACUUUAUAGAAGGAGCAGGUGUAAAUUUACAGCAACGUUUUCUUGGCUACCAGAGAAAAGACAUUGAUGGACUUUUCAAUUACGCUUUAACGCUUGAAAACGCUAUCAUGACGAACGUACAACGGGCAUUUGUCGAUCGCCAAGAUGUGGAUAGAACUGUGGGCAUUAAUACUGGACACGUGGGGACAUCUGAUUUUACAUUGGAAGAUGGAGAUAGGAGCUUCGCUGUUGCUCAAGGUUACAAAUCGACCAUGGUUUUUUUGAAAUACUUUAUCGCCAAGAAACUUCUGAAGGAUGUUGAAUCACUUCCGGAAAGUAACAGUUCCAUGUCAAGCAGCUUUAGGAAUGACGCUAAAGAAGAAUAUGAAAAUGAUGACGUCGCACAAAGUAACGUCUCUAGGGGAAUGAUGAAUUAGACGCCAGAGUCGGCGCCCUUGCCAAGACUAGCAAUAUAAAUCCUGAUAGUUUGUACCGUAAGGAAGAAUGUGUUUGACGGACUGUUUUCUUUUCUAGAAUGUAUAUUUUUGAAGCUUUGGUAUAGGAUGUCGUUUUUUUUUGUAAUCAGUUCAUUUUUUUCUGAAAAUGAUGAAUAAAGAAUCAUUUUGUACAAUUAAGAACUAUUAUUCAGUUGUUAACUUUCAAAAACCUCGGUCAAACAAUAUCUUAUGAAUCUUGUGUCCUUAGAGUAUGAUCAUAAACUCCUCAAUGUUUGGCUGCCUCAGAAUUACUGAGUUAAUUUUAACCAAAAUUUACAAAGAGUAUUAUUGGAUUAAGGGAAUUCAAGUUUGUUAAAAUGAAAGACCACACUCCGUUUUACGGGGAAGAUAUUAAUGAAAGGAUCCAAAUUUUCUUUGAAAUGCGACCUUUAUGAUAAUUAAAGUACAUUGUUUUAACAAGCAUACGAUUUCAAAAAAAAAAAAAUAAAAAAUAAAAGAUUAAAACAACUUUUAUUUAAUGACAAACACAGCAAACUUCAAAACGAAAAAUCAUACUUUCAGACGAAAUUUCCAAUAACAGCAGUCAUUUACUUUUUGAAUUCUGUAUAGUACAGAAAGCCUUAGAUCUCCUUGUUAAACAUUGAGAUGGCGAGGUUGAUCAAUUGUUGACACACCUUUCCAUGAGAUGGCAUUCCAUGUAAAAUUAUGCAAUGCCCUUUAUCACCAAAUGCAUUCACAUGGACCGAUCGGCGCUGUCAAUUCCUCGGAAGUAACUCCUGGUCAUGAAGUUGAAAUUAUAAAAUAAGAAAGAAAAAAACAACAACGAAAUAUAACUAUUAACAAUUUUAACUACUUAAUUUUAGGACGCUGGUGGUUGGAUGGUGGUUGCAAUGUUUCUUGCAGCGGUUGAUAAAGGAUAAAUAAGAGUUAAUCAUGCUCACAAAUUAACAUUGUGUUCUUGAAAAUUCUGAAAAUAAUAAAUGAGGGACGUUCUAGGGGUUAAUUAAAAAGAAUGACCGAAGGUUAACCUGAUUUAUCCUUACGAGAUAAAACCUUCUUUCAUCUUACCAUAAUUCAACACCUAACCCUCCAUCUAAUUCUUACCUAGUCAGCUCUAGUCCAAACAUCUGAACUUCCGCAUCAUAAAUAACCUUAUUUGAAGUGUGUAAAGACAACACAAUGGUACAUGCAUGUCAACUUGCGUAAAACAAAUUCAUGGUGUUAGAAUGUCCAAGGGGUU